AUGACUGCUCCUAAUACAGUAAUAAAAUUAACGCAAAAUUUAACACGAAUUCAUAAUGUUGAUGAACAUGCAUCAUGGUCAGAAGAACGAGCAGCUAUUAGUCAAGUGGCUGCUUUAUAUCAAAGUGAAAAUCGUAAAGUUCCACUUUUACCCGAUCAAAAAUUUGCACCUGUUCAACAUAGUGUACGAGCAUUGAAUUCUAUUCUUCUACAAAAUGUACCAAUGUUUUAA